GGUACUAGAAAGUGAAGUAUGACGUCACGGCGUGUUACACGAUAAUAUUUCCCCACGUGGGUAGGGGAAGGCAAACGUUGCCUCGUGUGUGAAGUGGAAAUCUUGAAAUUACAGAAUGGUCGUCAAAACAAAAAGUGAUCCAUCCAAAAUGAAGAAGAACAAGACGAUGAAAGACAAGAAAGGAAGACAAGAAACAAAGGUUUCAGGAAAACAUAAACGGAAGAAGACAGACGACACAGAGGAAAGGCCAGAGGUUUUACCCAAAAAGUUAAAGAAACAGACAGUUCAGGCAGAGCCAGAGGAGAAGCCAGAGCAUGUGAAUGAGGAGGACUUGACACCAGAGGAGAAGAGGGUUCUGGAGAGGAAGAUGAAGAAGAUUUUAAAGAAAGAGGAGAAGAGGCGGAAACAAGAAGAGGGGAGCGGGGAGGAGAAGCAGGAGGACCAGAGCAAAUCAGCCGAGAGGGCGCUGGAGUAUCUCACAUGUUGGUCCGAGAGAAGAGAAGAGUGGAGGUUCAAGAAGAUCAGACAGACGUGGCUUUUGCAGCACAUGUAUGACACAGAAAAGGUGCCAGAUGCGUCCUUCUCAGUCAUGCUGGCCUACCUGGAGAACCUACGCGGGGCAGCGCGGGACGUGACCGUGGAGCAGGCGGAGGCCGUGGUGAAGGAAGACCAAGGGGACGCGUCCCAAAGCGCAGACCAGCAGAAACGCAUACAGAGAGCCCUGGAAGUAGUCCGGCUACUGGCCUAGGCCAGCAACAAUAAUAACAACAACAACAACAACACACACACGCACAUAAUAUAAAAUAAUUAAAAAAUAUUUUGUAUUGAA